GUGUUGUGCAUUAUGUGAAUCAGUUUUGAGUUUUUAACAAUUUUGAAAGUUCCCCAAUCAACCUUAAAGAUUAGCGAAGCAUUUGACGGUUGAAAAUGAGCGGAAAGUCCAGAAUUUAUAUCGGCAGGUUGCCAAAGCAUUGUCGCGAAAAGGAUGUUGAAGAUUUGUUUCGCAAGUAUGGGACCAUCGAGCACUUGGACUUCAGGACCAACAAAGAACGCGAACCAUUCGCGUUCAUUGAUUUCUCCGAUCCCAGGGACGCCGAAGAUGCGAUACGUGGUCGCGAUGGAUACGAUCUGGAUGGUGCUAAAAUCCGUGUAGAGUUCCCACGUUCAUUCCGUGACCGCGAAGAGAGUCGUGGCGGCUAUCGUAGCAGCGGGGGCUUCAGCCGGUCUAACCGCGAUGGUGGAUUCCGAUUCAACCGUAAUCGCUACGAUAACACCAUGCGCCGCUCGCAGAAUCGUGUUAUCAUUACUGGUUUACCGCCUUCUGGCAGCUGGCAAGAUCUGAAGGAUCAUAUGCGGAAAGCGGGCGAUGUCUGUUAUGCCGAUGUAUCCAAAGACGGCACCGGAGUUGUGGAAUUUGUUCAGGCCGAGGAUAUGCGUUACGCUGUGAAGAAGCUGGACGAUACCAAAUUCCGUUCGCAUGAGGGAGAAACGGCGUACAUUCGCGUUCGAGUGGAUGAUCGCAACGGCGGAGGCAGCGGUGGAGGAGGUGCGCGCCGUUCCCGGUCCGGCUCGCCGCGGCGUCGCAGUCGGUCGCCCAUUGAUCGUCGCACACCGGAUGCCAAUGGACGCGAUCGGGAGACUAAACGCGAACGUUCGCCGUCGCAUUCGCGGAGCCGCUCGGCGCAUUCCCGUUCGCGCAGCGUUCACUCGCGCUCGCGUAGCCCUAUGUAAAUCCUAAGCCGUGGGAUCGGCGUAACUGGAUUAAGGCAGCCAGGAAUACUGUCACACUUGACAAUUUUCAAUCAUGGUAUACCGCAUUUUGCUAUCAAUUCAAUUAGGCUCGAGUAUUGUUACCCGAUAACUGUGCUUUGUGACUUUUGCUUUUUUGCUGUUGGUUAUUUAUUUAAUUCUGGACGUUUACUACACAUAUGACUUUAGUAUGCCCUGCUCCUGUUUGGUCUAAUUGGUGUCCACUUACGUUUUCUCAGACUCUUUGUUCUCUGCCGGAAUGGAUGCGUAAAUGAGAUGAUGUUGAGAUGAUGAAUGAUGAUGCACGCACUGAUGAUGAUGAUGUUAGGCUUUAGGAGGAUGACUGUUUACGGUUGGGCAUAAAGGUGGCGUGGGAUGGCUGCGUGGUUGAAGAGCGAUGGGUUGAAGUCGUGAAGAGGUCUUGGCGGGUGGUUAGAUGGGUGGAGUGUGUGGAUGGUGUAGGAUAAGGAUGCAAUCUGGAGAGAAGAGUACUGUGUAUGGUGGAUGUAGGAGACACAAUGUGGUACGAUGGUGGGAUUAGGGUGCGUCGGGAUAUAGUCGGAGGAUGGGAUGUAGAAGAUCCGAUGGGUUAAUGUAGGAGAGAUUUUCGGGCUGGUGUUGACGUGCCGUGUUAUCCUUGUUUUCGUGAUUGUAACGUUGCGGGUAAGUAUGUUUGUUGGGCUGCGGCAUCCAGGAGGGAUGGAUACUGUCUUCCGCCUCGUCAUACUUCGUUUUGGAUGGUUACAAGAUUUAAGUGGAUAAAAACACUGGAAUCCCGAAAGCGUUGUCGCCUGGAAGCCGUCGAUGAACCAGCAAGUCCUUCUUUCAUUUGGUUUUCUGAGGUUUUGGUUUUCGUGGUGCUUGCAUUGAUCGAUACAUGGAACGAUAGAUGAUGGAAUCUGUUUUUGAUUCCGCCGUGUUUUUUUCGCGUUGAUGUAAUGAUAUGUGAAUUUACUGCUACGAUUUGUGAUUUUGCUUUAGCGGCACGGAUCACACAAUUUAUAAGCAUUUGUAGCUGUUGCUGAUAAUAUUAUGCCUUGC